UCUGCUUUGCGUCGCGUCUGCGUUUGUAUUCUUCCAAAGUGGAAUGCAACAUAACUCAGAAACCGUAUUUAGUUUUGCGCUUUAGAAGAGUUUUUAUGGGUUUGCUCAGUCGUUGGACUUGCAUUUAAGUAUUUUUGCGUUAUGAAAAACAUGACUGGAGUUUUUGACAGCCUCAGUACAGAUAUGCAUUCAAACCAGAUUACCUCCAGCAGUUACCACAGUCUGCACAAAUCCCAGGAAUCACCGACUCUUCCGGUCUCCACCGCUACCGACAGCAGCUACUAUAAUAAUAACCAGCAGGCCGGGCAAUGCGCUGGCUCUCCAUACGAUCAGAUCAGCUCUUACCAGUACCAGAACAACAGCAUGAACAGCGUACAGUACAACACCAAAUCAUACGAACUGGGCUUCGGCAACGCGUUUGGCCCCUACGGCACGUACGGCUCUUGCUCCUCACCAACUCCUGCAGAUGCUGAAAAAGAGGAAAGUGAACCUGAAAUUCGAAUGGUUAAUGGAAAACCAAAGAAAGUUAGAAAACCUCGCACUAUUUACUCAAGUUUCCAGUUGGCGGCCCUACAGAGGAGGUUUCAGAAGACUCAGUAUCUGGCCUUGCCGGAGAGAGCUGAGCUAGCCGCAUCUCUGGGCCUCACGCAAACACAGGUAAAAAUUUGGUUCCAGAAUCGUCGUUCGAAGUUCAAGAAGUUGUGGAAAAGUGGAGAAAUCCCACCCGAGCAGCAUGUGGCCUCUAGCGAGUCUCCAACUCACCAUUCGCCGCCUCUUAGCGCGGUCUGGGACUUCGCGCACAGCCAGAGGAUGAACACCGUUAACACGGGUUUGUCCCAGAGCAGCAGCCCGCCGAACACGACUGCCCCUUCAUUUCUGACAAAUUACCCCUGGUACUCAUCAACGAACUCUGCGAGCCAUCUACAACCACCACAUCAUCACAACACAACUGUUAGCGCCGGGACCAUAUUUUGACUCGACAGACUCCAAACAAAAACUGGGGAAUUGAAUUUGUGAACUUGCAUCAAAUGACGUUUAGGCCUGUUUUCCAGUAUGAACGGUGAGACCUCCUCACCUUUGCCACGUUGAUCAUUGCAAGUGCGUUUUGGGCGUUACACUGUUUCUUUUCAUGCAAUGUCGUCAACAAGCAGACACUAAAGAAUCAAACAUAUACAAUUAUUUUUGUAUUUAUUUAUUUUGUUCUAUGGGUGGUACAUCAAUGGAUUAAAAACCAGUUGUUCAGCGAACUACUAUUAUCCAAAGCCUAGAGAACUCAUGUGGACAUUAAUGGAGUGAAUAUUGCAGCAGGGUGUAAGAGCACAUGUAGCACAACCUGAAGCUGUUUGGUGCCUUUUGAAAAUAACUUAACAUUUUCACCGUAAAUGUGUUUCAUGCGCCUGUCUUUCAUUUCUUAGAUUUUUGUUUGUUUUAUACUUAGUGCGUAAGGUAAGUUGGAAAUCUGGUGUCCGUCUCUGUACGUGUGUUCCACCGCGUCUAUUUAAUAAUGUUGUCAUUCAUAUAGGAUAUCACAUAGGGUUCUCGCUGUUUUAAAUAAUAUGGACAAACACUAAUGAAAAACACUCACAAGCUACUGAUUGUCCUAAAGUCAUGUUCACAUGUAAAAGGAUGUUUUCUCUGGAGUACAUUGUUUUAGGCUAUUUAUUUUGAAAACCGAAUGAACAUUUCUGCCACUAUAAUGAUUCAGACUUAUUUAAAUAAAACCUUU